ACGGAACCGCAGUCGAAAGAUGGCAGAGGUGAUUGAACAGUCAUCUUGGAAUUUCACGUAGUUCACGUAGUUAUAUUCCCCACUGUUGUUGAUUAACCAGUGACCAGUGAUAUUGCCGGUACGUAAGCGUGAUAGGUACAUAUUGUGGAAAAGUUGUGUUGUAAAUAUGUCAUCCCAGGAUGUAAAUACGCUUAUUGAAAUGGGAUUUCCAAGAUAUAAAGCUGAAAGAGCUUUGGAAGUUACCGGAAACCAGGGAGUAGAACCUGCAAUGGAAUGGUUAUUAGCACAUGCAGAUGAAGUACUUCCAACUGUUCCUAUCGCGGCUUCUGGAGAUGCAAAUACCCAGCUGUUGGAAGGUAGCACAGAACAAGGCAAUCAAGACGGCGACAGUGGUGAGAUUACAAAGAAUGAUACAGAAGAGCCAGAAGAAGGAACUGUCAACACUCUGGCUAAAUCCUUGAAAUGCAAUGAGUGUUCUCGCUUAUUUGUAUCACAACUAGAAAUUGAAUUUCAUGCAGCAAAAUCUGGUCAUAACAGUUUUUCUGAGAGCUCAGAAGAAAAGAAACCUCUAACAGAAGAGGAGAAAAGGGAGCAGCUGAAAAGAAUUGAAGAGAAAAUGAGACAGAAGCGACAGGAGCGAGAAGUGACAGAAAAGAAAGAAGCUCUAGAGAGAGAGAAACUGCGGAUACGAUCUGGAAAGGAGAUGGUGGCUGCUAGAAAAAAGUUGGAGGAAGAUGAAGUGAAAAAACUUGUAGAGCAACGCAAACGGGAGAAGUUGGAAGAGAAGCUGGCUCGUCAAAGGGUGAGGGACCAAAUUGAGCAAGAUAAAAUAGCGAGACGAGCCAAGUUUGGUAUCACUACACCAACAGAUGGAGCACAGCAGCAGCCAGCUACUGCAGUAGUAAUACCGACGCUUCAACCGAUGACUUCACAACCUGCUAAAGAUUAUGCUCAAACUAGGCUACAGAUCAGACUGACAAAUGGUGAAGCUCUGACACAAACAUUUGGGUCCAAGGAGCAACUGUCUGCAGUUAGAUUAUAUGUCGAAAUGAACAGAACAGAUGGAGAUGGACCUUUCUCUCUAAUGACCAACUUUCCCAAGAAAGUCUUCGCUGAGGAUGACUAUGAGAAACCACUUGAUUUAUUAGGACUGGUGCCUUCAGCUGUUGUAAUAGUUUCACGGACCCAGUAGUACAACUUAAAUGUAAGCAACUUGAACAGCAUUUAAGACUUAAUCUAAAAUAAAUUAGCUGAAUAUUUAAUUUUCCAUUUUAUAUAACUUUAAUUAGAGUCUUGGGGUAAAGGAACAAAUUUUUGUGCAGUGUAUUACUCAUUGAGCUUAUUAAAUUAUUGCUAGAAGUGGAGAAUGUUAGCAGUAAACUUAAUCAUCAGCAUUUACCCUAUCCUGCAUUAUGACUUUACAUUGGUCAUGUUUUAUUUACAGUGAAACUUGGAUUUUACAUUUUUCGUGAUUACUCAUAUAUGUACUUCCUGUUUGGUCCAAGCCAAAUGUCCAAAGGGCGGUGUUAAUUAUAACUGAUUUUAUGUUUCCUCAAAUUUAUGUUUUCCUAAAUUUUCAAGUAAUUUUUUAGAAUCCUCACAAUUUAAAUUAAUGUGAUUAUAUGUUUAUAAUGUUCUGUUUUGCAAGAUAUAAAGAAAAACUGGUGCCCUUAUGUUUAGUAUUUAUCUUGGUAAAAUAGGUGUAUCUUUGCAUGUGAAGGAUAUUGAACCUGAUAGGAGACAUCUGUAUGGAUCGAGAGCUUUUUUAAAAAGAGAGGGAUUUUGUUUGAAUGAUUAAAGAAAUAGUGGUUAGUGUAUUUGCAUGUACACUGUUCUUGUGUUCAGACAUGUACAUUUUAAGUGUCCUCCCAGUGCUGCAGUACAAAGCAGCCUUCGUAUUGCUUUACGUUGUAUAGUCUCAAUUUCCCUUGUUUUGUGUUUAUUUUAGAUGGUUCCUUCAAAAUUGUAAAAUCAAGGUUUCACUGUAGUUGCUUUCUGCCAGAUAUAAGUUAACACUUAGGAUUUUGAAGAAGGAACACACAUUCUUAUGUAUGUAUCAACUAUAUAUCGAUAAUCUUCCAAACAUUCAUAGUAAAUUAAUUGUAAGAAACAAUGUUAUCAUUCGAAAAUAUCAAAUGGUAUAUUUUUAUUAAAAUGUUUCUUGUUUGUCAUAUAUAUAUAUAUAUAUAUAGAGAGAGAGAGAGAGAGAGAGUGCGAGAGAGAGAGAUGAAGAAGAAGAAGAAGAAGUGUUAUGCUGUCAUGCAUAAUUGACUUUUUGACAUUUUAUUCCCUGAACCAUUCAGAUUAAUUUUAUUCCCAUUGAGCAAGGUAGGACCAGUGGAAAGCCUUUCAUUUUCCGAAAUGUAAUCUUGUAGAAUUUUGGUUGACUUUACACCCUGAAGAAUACUGGGCAAGUUUGGAUGACGAUUAA